AUGUUUGCCCUGAAGCUGCUCCAUGACUCAGGAAACACAGAGGCACGUGCAGCCGAGUCUGAGGAUAACGUACGACUCACUGGUGGCUACAACUCCUGCUCUGGUAGAGUGGAGAUCCUGCAUAAUGACCAGUGGGGAACAGUGUGUGAUGACGACUGGGACCUGAAAGAUGCAGAGGUGGUGUGUAGACAGAUUGGAUGUGGUAAAGCUGUCACUGCUCAUCAAAGUGCCCACUUUGGUCAGGGAAGUGGUGAAAUAUGGCUGGAUAAUGUUCAGUGUUCUGGAAAUGAAAGCAGCAUCACACAGUGCACUCACAGAGGAUUUAGACAACACAACUGUAGCCAUAGUGAAGAUGCUGGUGUUACUUGCUCAGAUAACGUACGACUCACUGGUGGCAGUCACUCCUGUUAUGGUAGAGUGGAGAUCCUGUAUAAUGACCAGUGGGGAACAGUGUGUGAUGACGACUGGGACCUGAAAGAUGCAGAGGUGGUGUGUAGACACAUUGGAUGUGGUAAAGCUGUCACUGCUCAUCACGGUGCCCAUUUUGGUCAGGGAAGUGGUGAAAUAUGGCUGGAUAAUGUUCAGUGUUCUGGAAGUGAAAGCACCAUCACAUAGUGCACUCACAGAGGAUUUGGAGUAAACAACUGUAGCCAUAGUGAAGAUGCUGGUGUUAUUUGCUCAGGUGCUAAAAAGACACAUGAGUGUCACCAAGCAGAGGCAGAAACCAUUUUCUACCCGAAGGAUGAUUCUGAGGACUUGGAUAAUGACUGCAUUAAUGCAGAGGCUGAACAAUGA